AUGACGAACGAACACAUACACGACUCGACCACGUCCAACGUGUUGGCGUGGUCCUCCCAAAGCGCGCAUAUGCAACACGAUACGGAGGACGAGGCUGCUGCUGAGGCGGAUGAGCCUCCUGAAAAUCAUUUUAGACGUAAUGCCGUUAAAAAGGCUGUCGACCACUCCGAAUCUCUUUUGACCAGGGCACUGCAUCAGACGGAGGAAGAAGUGAGAUUCCACUUCAGCGCAUCUUCUACACGACGUCGAUCCGUGAACAGCAGCAUCAGCCUCGCAUCCACUGCCGAUCUUACAAGCGACACUGGAUUUACCAGCCCUGCGCGGACUAAUACCCCAAGUCCCCCGCCACCCGUAAUAUUCCUUGCACAGUUGAACGCGGACUUGUUUGAUGCCAAGCCGAAGCCUGCUUGCAUCAGCGAGGCCAAGCGAGAGGCGAUGCCACCCUCCCAGCGUUCGACAUCAAUGCAGAGCGACUCCAAGCCCAAAGACGCUGCCGUCGAAGUGCUAGCGAAGAAGCGCUGCAUCUCCUUUGCGUGUGGACCCAAGCCCGAAGCGAAGAAAGCCACCCCUCAAGCGCCGGCGGCGGAAAAUAAGCCUGCAGUGGAGGCGAAACCACAACGGAAACCAUGCAUCAAGUUCGCGUGCAGUGCGAAACCCACCGGCCGAGACGCAUCGCCUCGCCGUGAAACACCUGCUCCUACAGAAAUUCAAUUACCGAUGAAAUCGAAGACCGGUUCCCCCUCCACCUUGCGCAAGUACAGGUCUCCUUCAGUUGGUCGUGGCGGCCGAUCGCACCGAUCGUUGACCCCGCGACCAUCGAGCCAAACUCCACGCGGUGCACGAGCUGCCAAGUAUCUGACCGCUAACCCCAAGGAUCUGGACAGCGAGAAGACUCACUUCCACGAGUUCGCCAGUGAUGAGCCCCGUGUAGAGGACUGGAUCAGCGAGAACUACCCUGCCACCUAUGGUCGGUUGACCAUCAAUGAUACGCUGCGGAAGGAGAACGAGAUCCGUCGGCUAGCCAAGGAAGCCGAAGAAGAGGCCCUCGAAGAGGAGGAAGAUAUGGGUGAACUUGAUGCGGAUAUCGACGAUGAAGCCGAUAUUCAAGAUGAUGUCGACGAUGACGACGACGAGGACCUUGAAGAUGCAGCUGACUUGGACGAUCAAUCCGUUUAUGGAUCGGAUGAUGACAACUCAGAUGGAUACAACACCGAUAACGAGGUUGGAUUCGCUGACUCGGAUGACGAGGACGAUGGAGAUCUCGAGCUAUGGACACCCGGCAGAGGUACUCUUCUUCGACUUACCGGUGAUACGCCUAUCCGCCGUCGCCCAUCUUUGGCGGGCAGGAGGUCCGAUUCUUCCUCUUCGGAUGGUUCCAACCAUGCCAACAGAGCUGCCCGGGAGAGGACCCGCCGUAUCAAGAUUCGCCCUGGUACUCCUGAGUUGCCCGACAGUACCGACUUCGUUUGCGGUACACUCGACGAAGAUCGCGCCCUAGAAGAUGCCUACAUUUCGUGCAUCGCUGCAAGGCGCCGUGAAAGGCUCCAUCCGAUUCCUCAAGACAUUGACCCAAGCUUUCCAACUUCUGAGCCGGAGGACGAAGAGGAGAUCGAACCUCACAAACACGCACACGACAGCGAUGGGCACCUUUGGAUCCACGGCGAGCUGGAAGACCUACAUCAUGCCAAAGAUGACGCUGAGCGCCGUAAGAAGAAACCAGGCCCGACCUCGCCAAACCGGCUUCAUUCUCCACCUCCCAAGCGUCAUCACUCGCCACCUCCAAAGCGCCAUCACUCGCCGCCUCCAAAGCGCCAUCACUCACCGCCUCCGAAAGCACGGGGUCGCUCACCCAGGCGCCUCUUUGAUAGACACUCCCCUCGUCAUUUCGGAUCCCCUGCUCCCGGUCGUGUCGUGCUUUCUCCGCCAGCCUCUCUUAUCCAAGACAGGAACGGCGGACAGCACGAAUUCAAGGCACUUGCAUUCCGGCCAGGGUUGACACACACCAAGUCCCUCCCUCGAGCGCCGGCUCUGUUUCCACAGCACUUCAAGGGCCACCGUCGAGCUGGCAAGUCGGCCAAUGCAGGAGCCCAUGUGCGAGGUGCCAUCGACAUUGUCAAAGGACUGGAGCAAAAACGCCAGCGUCGAAAGGAGAAGUUCAAGGAGAAGUACCUCCAGAAACACAACAACAAAGCGCGAAAAGGCCAGGUUCCCCACAGACCUCAGCCGGGCAAAGGUGCCCAGCGCAUGCGCGAGAUCGGCCUGCUUUCAGCCGGUAAACUAGGGCCGGAUCAAUUUGUCCUGUCGAUAUGA